AUGGCUAUGGCCGAUGGCAUGUCGUCGGCGGCACAGGGGACGGCGAAACAGCCCCUCUCGACCAUCCGAACCGCUCUCCCAUCCCGACGAAUGUCCCCCAAGGCCCGUGAAGGAGGGCAGUACGCUGCCGUGGACCAGGCGAGAGGCCCUAGUCCAGUAGGCCUCGAGGGACCACCGACUCUGCGCCCAAACUCUCGACGUAGUCCGUCGAGCGACGCCUUGUCAAGGUCACAGGCCAGGAGUCCGGUCUCAGUAUCCAGUGAUGGAUCCCCGAAGGACGUGAGAUCAGAACCGAGACCCAGCCCGGCACCGUCAACUGCGACAACGUCUUCUUCAGGCCAGACGGGUCAAGUCUGCAGUAAUUGCGGCACAACACGAACACCUUUGUGGAGGAGAUCUCCCCAGGGAACGACGAUAUGCAACGCCUGCGGCCUGUAUCAGAAGGCGAGAAACGCUUCACGCCCAACUAACCUCAAGAAACCCCCACAUCUGGUUGCUGCAGCACCGCGGACGGCUCCCCCAAAGAUUGCGCCAGCGCCAGGCCCAGGUCCGAAAUAUCUCAGUGCUCCCGCUCCGACGUAUGUUACCGAAGAACAGGCGCCGUCAGGCACCUGUCCAGGCGGUGGAAAGUGCAACGGUACCGGUGGUGCGGAAGGCUGCAGUGGAUGUCCUGCGUACAACAAUCGAGUAUCGAAAUCCGCCCAUUUGAACGUUCAGGGGCAAGGUUGUGGUGGUGGCGGCGGCGGCGGCGGUUCGUCUAGUCAAUCUCAAGGUGAACCGAUGGUUGUGGACGAUCCUGUUGCUCCUGUCGACAUCGCCGCACUGCAAAUUCAGCAAGCACAAAAUCCGAAUCACACGGUUGUGAUCGCCUGCCAAAAUUGCGGCACUACAAUCACCCCGCUAUGGAGACGAGACGAAAGUGGCCACACGAUCUGCAAUGCCUGCGGUCUCUACUACAAACUUCACGGUGUUCACCGGCCUGUGACCAUGAAGAAGUCGAUUAUCAAGAGAAGGAAACGAGUCAUACCAUCUUCGUUUGGUGGCGAAUGGACAGAAGAGAUGCUGGAGGGUUCGGAGACGCAGAGCGUAGCACCAGAAGGAAGUCCGGAAAGGGGCACGAUGAACGAGGAUGGGUCCAUCAACUUGGGCUUUCGACGUCGGGAAGAGAAUCCUGCCACCAUGCUUCCAGAUCCACUGAUGCGUCCGAAUCAACAGGGCUCGCCGCUGCCCUCGCAUGACUUGGCCGCGUAUCAGUCUUCGAGUUCCCGAACUACGAACCCCUAUCCAGGAUCGCUAAACGACGAUAAUCGCCUUGCUCCGAUCACAUCGCUCGCCGCUAUGGGAGAACGCCAACCUUCUUUGUCACCCGGUUCUUUCUUGUCUCCGUCGAGGAAACGGUCACUUUCUGCGGAAGGAAACCCGUCUGGUGAUGGUGGACCAGAUACGUCGAAACGGUUGUCGUCCAUCAAGUCAAUCCUCAACCCUACAACGGCAGAUGACAGCCCGGCCUACCAUUCAGGCAGUGAUGAUGCCGCGGAACACUACGCCCGAUCUGCCAUGUCGCCGGCCGCCUCUGCACCGAGCCCAGGAUCCUACUCGAAUGCCCACAUGACACCUCUUCCAUCGCCUGGACCAAGCAGUCAGACGAGCAACCCAGGAUUCAGGCCAGAAAACGAAAGAGUCAAGGCAGAGAAGAGGGCAGCACUGAUUCGGGAAGCUGAACGGAUGAGGGAGAUGUUGGCAGCGAAGGAGAAGGAACUAGCGGAUAUGGGAAACUAA